AUGGAUAGUGAAAACCCCGUGUUGGCCUCCUCUGGUGGGACUCCGGCAGUCCUCGUGCGGGCCCCACAGGAGAAAGGGUUGGCCGGGUUCGCGGUCGACUUCAUGAUGGGCGGAGUGUCGGGGGCCGUAUCCAAGACAGCGGCGGCCCCACUCGAGCGGGUGAAGCUGCUGAUACAGAAUCAGGACGAGCUGAUCAAGUCCGGGAGGCUGAGAGAGCCGUACCAGGGCGUCGGGGACUGUUUUCGCCGGACAAUAAGGGACGAGGGCUUCCCUGCUCUCUGGAGGAGUAACACCACUAACGCCUUCAAUUUCGCGUUCAAGGAUUACUUCAAGGGGCUUUUCAACUUCAAGAAAGAUAGAGAUGGGUACUGGAAAUGGUUUGCAGGUAACUUGGCCUCGGGCGGUGCUGCCGGGGCUUCUUCUUCUUUACUCGUUUACUCAUUGGACUAUGCUCGUACGAGAUUGGCAAACGAUGCCAAGGCCGCUAAAACCGGUGGAGGAAGGCAGUUCAACGGCCUGGUCGAUGUCUACAGGAAGACCUUGGCGUCAGACGGCAUUGCUGGAUUGUAUCGUGGGUUUAAUAUAUCUUGUGUCGGGAUCAUUGUCUACCGUGGCCUCUACUUUGGAAUGUAUGAUUCUUUGAAGCCGGUGCUUCUCACCGGAAACAUGCAGGAUAGUUUCUUUGCCAGCUUUGCUCUCGGUUGGGCCGUCACAAACGGUGCUGCUCUUGCAUCAUACCCCAUUGAUACAGUUCGCAGAAGGAUGAUGAUGACCUCUGGUGAAGCUGUCAAGUACAGAAGCUCUCUGGAUGCGUUUUCUCAAAUCGUGAAGAAUGAGGGUCCGAAAUCCCUCUUCAAGGGUGCCGGUGUCAACAUUCUACGGGCCAUAGCAGGUGCUGGCGUGCUUGCUGGCUAUGAUAAACUCCAGUUGGUCGUCUUCGGGAAGAAGUAUGGAUCAGGUGGUGGUGCUUAA